AUACAAAUAAUUCCACUAAGUUAUAUAUCAAUAUGACUGUUACCAUUUAUUUUAUUGUUAAUUAACAAUGAAAUGAUGGUUAUAGUCGUGCUUGAAGAACAGUUAGUUCUUAAUCAAAUACAUUGUUAUUUCCCCAUAUUUGUGUAAUAUAUCUAAACUUAAGAUUGUUCACAUUAACAGCAGUUUCAAAUUAGUAUUAAUUUCGCUUUUUCCCUAAACAUUAAAAAAAUUUAAUUUUUAAUUUAUUAUUCUUAACUCAAAUGCUAGCAUCUAUACACCAUCUAAGAAAAAUAAAACCUAGUUUAAUACUAAGAAUAUUUUGUGAAGUAUUGUAAAAAAUAUACUAAGAACAUGCAAAGUCAAGAAAGUACUCCAGAUACAUCAUCUUCAUUAAUAAAUACAAAUUUGGACUCUUCCAGAGAAACAGUAGAUUUGAGUAUUUAUUAUUUAGAUCUAAUAGAAUGUCCAUUAGAUCCUGUUCAUAAAGUUCGAAGACAUCGGUUACCUAAUCAUUUAUUAAAGUGUAGAAAAAACUUCCCUACCAAACAAAAAUGUCCAUUUGGACAUUUUUUCUAUUUAGAACAAAAUGAAAUGGCAAAUCAUUUGCAAAACUGUCCCUAUAAACCUAGGAUUGUUCAAGCAGAAGAAAUGCAACCUCAAAAUAUGGAAAAUGAAUACAAUAGAGAACAAAAUAUUAAGUACAACUAUGACGUCAACAAUUUUACUACAGAAGAACCUAUGUGGGACUAAAUUUUUGAAUAAUUAUAUUUAAACCUUAUUAAGUUAUCUAAUACAGUUAAAAUAUUUGUAUUAAUAGACUCACAUUAUAUGUUAUUCUCUGUUAAAUAGAAUA